AUGUCUGCUGCUGAUACCUUUGAAGGUGAAGUUGAAGCGAAACCUACCGGUUUGCGUUGGUUGGUCCCUAUGGACUUCUCUGUGCAAGCAAAAGCUGCUCUUGAUUGGGUAUUGUCUGUUAUGAAACCCGAAGACUAUUUGAUUGUCUUGAACGUUUUGAAUUUGAAAGCGCCUACUUAUACACAUGAUAUUGUCAGAAACGAAGUCAUGAAAAGAGAGAGUAGUGAAAAGCUGGAGGAAAUUGCAAAGAGAAUCUCGGAUAUGGGAUUCCGUUUCUACGAAACUAGCUGUAACGUGGUGUGCAACUGCGCGAUUGAGAAGAAGAUCGAUACGAUUGUGAUGGGAAGACGUGGAAUCUCGAAUGUGGAUCGUCUUCUUAACGGUAGCUGCAGUUCUUACGUUCUGUCGAACGCUCCUUGCGCUGUGUGUCUGAUGGGAAAGGGAGUGGGAGAUCGUAUUAAGGAGGAAGAAUUGAAGAAGAAGAACCAGGAGAUCGCUGAGCUCUCCGCGAGUCUGAGCGAGGGAGAGCCUGAAGGAGCGAAGAUGCCUUUCUUCCUGCCUCGCAAGCACAGUGUGAAAAACUACUAUGAAGAUUCCGAUUUUUGUGUUUGA